GUUCAGUCAGCUGAUCUGAGGAUGUAAACACUGAGCACGUGUGGCUGAUCAAUAAGCGCUGGACCUUGAUCAUUCAGUUAGUUAUUAGUUUUGCAGUCUAUCUCCUAAACGGCUGUGUGUGUUUGUCCUGCUGCAGACGUUUUAAUGGCCCCGUUAAAGUUUUGUGCCAAUAUUUCCUGGCUCUUCACGGAGUUGCCGGAGUUCACGCAGAGGAUGCGCGCCGCGGCGCGUGCGGGGUUCCGAGCGGUCGAGGCGGCGUGGAUCUACGACGCGGACCUGAAAGAGUUAAAAACAGUGAAGGAUGAAACUGGACUCGAAUUUGCGCUCAUAAACACCCCCCCGGGAGAUUUAAAUGCAGGAGAUUUGGGAUUGUGUGCUGUUCCCGGGAGAGAGCAGGAGUUCAGGCAAGGUUUGGCUCUGGCGGUGCGGUUCGCUAAAGCACUAGACUGCAGAAGGGUCCACCUGAUGGCUGGGAGGGUUCCUGCGGGGGCCGAGCGAUCUGCCGUCGCCAUGGAGAUGGAGGACACGUUUGUGCAGAACCUGAAACACGCAGCAGGUGUCCUCUCACAGGAAGGCAUGCUUGGACUGAUUGAGCCAAUCAACACCAGGAUAACAGAUCCACGAUACUUCCUCCACUCCCCACACCAGGCCGCAGGGAUUCUCCAGAGAGUCGGUCAUCCCAGCAUCAGGAUGCAGAUGGACCUCUACCACUGGCAGAUCAUGGAUGGAAACUUAACGCAAAAUAUACGCAAAUACUUACCAAUGACAGGCCACAUCCAGAUCGCUCAAGUUCCCGACCGGCACGAGCCGGACAGCGCUGGAGAGAUCAGCUUCUCGUUCCUCUUUAAACUGCUGGAGGAGCUGGACUAUCAGGAGUACAUCGGCUGCGAAUACAAACCUCGGGGUUCCACGGAAGCGGGUCUGGACUGGGUCAAAAGAUACUGGAACGAUCACAACUGAGGACCAAUUUAACUUCUUAAAUUCAUGCAUUUUCUAAAAGGGCACCAUGUAUUAAAAUGCCAAGACUGUCAUUUUCCACAGCUUAAAACGGACUCCCAUGUUCAAUCGUUUUAUGCAUAUUUCACUUGUGCGAGGCUGUCUAUGAAAUAGCACUGGACAUAAAGAACACGUGUUUUAAUUUAAGAUUUAUUGUCAAGCGUUUUUUCUUACAAACCAGCCUCUAUUUACAUAAUGUACAAAUUUCAGUUUCAGACAUUUGAAUUGCUAAUUAACAUUCUAGCGUUUUAAAUAAAUCAAUCUUCCAAAAAUUUCCAGUGUCCUUCAAGAAAACAAAACAGUAAAACACAUUAUUCUUCAGUUUUUGUCACUAUGGGAGUUACAUUUGGUUUCGUGUCAAAGGUUUCCCACGAUCUUCGCGCAUCUAGUGUCGUCUGGUUAGUAGGAGUACUCGUUACGCCGCCCAUGAUGAUGAAUGUACAGGAAGAGCAUGCAACGAUUCAAGAGGUUCUUCUUGAGAGGUAAAUAUGAUACACAAGCUCCCAUCAACUUCAUAAGAUAAAACAAAGGCAUAAAGGCACUUUUGGGAUGAUGAAAUGGCAGUAAAGACAACUAUGUUGCAGAAAGUGAUGCAUUAUGGGG